CCCCUCGCCCCACCACCCACCGCCUCCGUUCGCGAUGACCCUCAUUUAGCAUCACUACGGCCGUCACGGGGAGAGUAGGGAGAGAGGCAUCGCGUGGGCGGGAGCGUUCAGAACAGGGAGCGGAGAGUGGAGCGAAGCAGGGGGAGGAGCGACCGAGGAGAGGCAGGGAAAGGGAGAGAGAGAGAGAGGAGGGCGAGAGGGGAGAGGACACGGAGAGGGAGGAGAGAGCGAGACAGCGUGGAUCGACGAGAAACAUGGCGAACCGUCACGCGCACGGAUUCUGCAGAGGCGACGGCGCGACCCCUGGGGGUGCGAGGGGGGUGAUGGGGGCCGCAGCAGAGAUCCCGGCGAAAGGGGACCGACCGUGAGACGCAGCUGCUGCCCACCGCUGCCCACCACCACCGCUGUGCUGCCCGUCGCCGCUGCUGCUGCCGCUGCUGCUGCAGCUGCACCCCCCAUCCACCCACCCACCCCGCGCGGGGAGAGAGGAUGGAUCCCGGGCAGCUGCGAUGGAGCUGCGUGUCUUGGCCGCUCGACCUCAUCCUCAACAAGUUCCGCCUGCCGCUGCUCGUGAGGCCAGACCCAGGCCACCCGCUGGACAGCGUCCAGCGGAGCGGCGAGGUGGUGCUGGUGCACUCGUGCCGCCAGUGGAGCGCCGUGUGUGCACACAGCCUGGAGGAGGGCCACUACGUCAUCGGGCCCCGCAUCGAGAUCCCCGUCCACUACGGCGGUAAGUUCAAGCUGCUGGAGCAGGAGCGCGAUGCCAAGGAGCCCGUGCAGUUCUUCGGCAGCGUGGAAGAAGUGGCCAAGGCCUUCCCCGACCGCGUCUUCGUCAUGGAGGACAUCUCCUUCAGCGUCAAGGUGGCGUCGGGCGAGUACAACGAGGACUCGGAGGUGUACAACUUCACGCUGAACGCGGGCGACGAGCUCACGCUCAUGGGCCAGGCGGAGCUGAUCUGCGGCAAGGCGCCCAAGGAGCGCACGCGCCUCGCCGCGCUGCUCCGCAAGUUCGGCGGCCGCCUGCAGCUCGGCGUCUCCUCCUCGUCCGAUCGCGUCAACAACAACAACAACAACGGUGGCGGCGGAGGCGGCGGAGGCGGCGGAGGCGGCGGAGGCGGCGGAGGCGGCGGAGGCGGCGGAGGCGGUGGCGGAGGCGGGAGAUACCACAGGGGUGCCGGUCAGCAUGCCGGCGGCGGCGGUGCUGGAGGCUCGCCGAGCUUCGUGGGUGCGGCCGGCGUGAGCGGCGGCGGCGGCGGCGGCAUCGCCGGCGGCGCGAGCUUCGGGCUGGCGUCGCCGGGGCUCGGCACGGCCGUGCCGACGCCGACGCCGCCGACCGCCUCCUCCUCCUCGUCGUCCUCCUCCUCGUCGUCGUCGUCUCCCCGCGGGGGGAAGAUGCCGUGCCUCAUCUGCAUGAACCACCGCACCAACGAGAGCCUCAGUUUGCCAUUCCAGUGCCGCGGCCGCUUCAGCACGCGGAGCCCCGCAGAGGCGCAGCUGCGGGACGGAGAGCACACGCUGCGGGCCAUAGUGGAGCGUGCCCGCCUGCCCGUCAGCGUGGUGGUGCCGUCGCGCGGCGCCCCCCCCCCGCGCAACCCUCACGACCAGCACGUGGUGCGGGAGGGCCACCGCUACAAGCUCGUGGGCCUCCGCGCCCGCACCGUGGCCGUCUGCUGCGCCCUGCGCUCCACCGUGGUGGUGCCACUCCACUUCACUCUGGGGGGGGGCGCCCCCCUCCCCAGGUUCAACCUCCCUGAAGGCCUCAUCAAGGGCGAGCGUGCGUACGAGGCGCUGGUGCUGGAGCGGCUGGCGUGGCUGCAGCAGCGCUUCGACGUGGACGAAUACUCGCGCGCCGUGCGUGAGGUGCGGCCCGACACCGCCGGCGAGGCCGCGGAGCCCGGCGCCAGCCCCCGGCAGCGCGCGUGCGGGCGCUCCGGAUCGGGUUCCGCCUCCGUGCCGACGUCCCUGCACUACGCGCGCGACGAGCUCACGCGCUCUUUCCACCGCCUCUCCGUGUGCGUCUAUGGAGGCAGCCUGCACGCCGGCACCGCCGGCACCAACGCCGGCGCCAGCGCCGGGGUCGCCGCCGGGGCCACCGCCGGCGUCGCCGGCCCGCCCGGCGGUUCCGCCGAGCCGGGAGCGCCGGCGGCGCCGCCGGCGGCGCCGGUGGCGCCGGCCUCCGGGAGCGUCGGGGUCGGGGCGGCCGGGACCUCGGAACCCGACGCCGCCGCUGCCGAGCGCAGGCAGUCGAGCAGCCCCUCGGCCGCCCGAGAGCGAUCGGCGAGGCCCCCGCGGGAGUGCGGGGGGGGUGCCAGGGGGGGGGCGGCGGCGGAGGAGGAGGAGGGGGGGGAGCGGUCGCGGUCGCGGGAGGCACCCGCCGGGAGGCCCCCCGAUUUCCCGUACGAGGUGCUGUGGUCGGAACCAAACCCCCGCAACGCGGACGCUUGGGGGGCACGCACCCCCCUGAGCGUGCCCCCCGCAGCUCCCAGCUGCCCCCCGACCCCCUCCGGCACCACCGCCGUGGGGGGUGGCGGAGCGGGCGGAGGAGGCAGGGGAGGAGGCGGGGGAGGAGGCGGGGGAGGAGGCGGGGGACUGAGACCCCUGGCGAGGGCGGCGUCUGCGGGGGGCUGCGGCAGCGGUCGCGGCACCCCCGAGCGAACCGGGGGGGUCUCCCCGGAGCCCGAGCCCCCCCCCGAAAGGGGGGUCUCCCCGCCGCCCCCCGUGCCGCCCAAGUCCGAGGCCGUGCGGGAGGAGUGCCGUCUGCUGAACGCGCCCCCCGUGCCCCCCCGGAGCACGAAGCCCGCGGCCGCCCCCAGCCCCCCCGUGCCCCCCCGCGGUGCCGCUGGCACGCGGCUCCUGCUGGGGGCCCCCCCACAGGAACCCCCAGCCUGGGCACAGAGCCCCAAUCUCUCCUUCUACUCCUCCGGCCUGCACCGCCUCAGCAGCAGCAGCAGCAGGAAGCUCGCGAGCCGCCCGGUGUCGGUGGGCGAGGCGCCGUCUCCCCCUCGCCCCGUCCCGCGCGCCUCCGCGGCUCCCCACACCGGCCGCCCUCCCUCCUGCUCGUCCACCUCGUCCACCUCCUCAUCAUCCUCCUCCUCGUCCUCCGCCCGGCGCUCCUGGUGCGAGCUGAGCCGAGCGUUCUCCGCCGACCCCGACGUGCCGUUGACCCGCGACCCCUGCGGCCACCGGCCAGAGGCGACGGCGGUGGCGGCGGCCGGCUGCGGGAACGAGGAGCGGCAAACGCCGCCGCCGCCGCCCGGCCGGUGCGCGCCGACCGGCGGUUGCUCGACGCGGCCGGGGUCGCGCGACGCGGCCGAUGCGCCGCGAGCGGACGCGGCCGCUCGCCCGUGCCCUACGCCGAGGAGGAGCAACGGUGGCGGUGGCGAUGCCUUCACAUCCUCGCCGCCGCCGCCGCCGCCGUCGCCACCGCCACCGCCACCGCCAGCGGCAGCGCCAGCGGCAGCAGGAGAAGCGGCAGCAGGAGAAGCGGCAGCAGGAGAAGCGGCAGCAGGAGAAGCCGCGUCGUUGACGGCAGCUGCAGCGGGGGCAUCCCCGCUGCGCGCCUCGCGGCCGUGCGAGUGCGACUCGAGGAGGCGGAAGGGAGGGGGAGGAGGGGGCAGCCCCGGGUUUGGGGGGACGCCCCCCACGAUCCACUGCGAGUGCGGCGAGAGGGGCGCGACCCCCCCUGUCGCGCGUUCCCCUCCGCUCAGCCCGGACGUCUUCCCUCCGUCCGAGCCGCCGGCGCCGGCGCCUCCCACGGCGCCGGCGCCGGCGCUUCCGGCCAAGAACGGGAACCCCUUCCUCCCCUUCGAUUUCAGCGACGCGGGGGGAUUCCGCACGGCGCCGGUCGCGGCGCCGGUCCAGUCGCAGGCGGGCGACACGACCUCGUCGGCGGGCUCGGAGGGAAGGUCGAGCGGCGACGGGAUGGCGUGGCAGCCGCCGGCCGACCUGGCGGGCCUCACGGUGCAGGGCGUCUGCCGGUCGCUGAGGUUCAUCGGCUUCUCGGACGACGCGGUGGGGCUGUUCGCACGCGAGUGCGUCGACGGCACGCUGCUGGCGCAGCUCACCGAGGAGAUGCUGCUGCAGGACUUCCGGCUCAGUAAGCUGCAGGCCAAGAAGGUGCUGCAGUUCGUGGGAGGAUGGAGGCCCAAGUUGUGACGGCCGGAGAUUGGUUUGUGGUUCUCUCUCGCCCGGUGAGACCGGCGAUGGCUGUGCGAGGCCUGUGGUAGCCCCGGCUCAUCGUGAGAGGGACACUCUGGAUGCGGUGUGCCGGGCGCGGAAUCAUAUUCAAGGUCGGCGAUCCGGACAGCCCCGGCUGCAAUGAUGCGCUGGUGAUCGAUCAUGGUGAAUAUUGGUUUCACGGGAGUCCUGCUAUAUUUGGAUGUUCGGCCAAUUCCACUUUUUUCAGUGAGGGCCGUGGAAGGAAUCCGGAGAACCCCAGAGAAAACCCAGCACGCAAACGAGGGCAUCACACUUAAAGGUCCGCACGGAUGGAUUCAAGAACCCACUGCUGUGUGGCCACAUCUCGGCCACCUCGUUUCCCUUGUUGGUUCGGGAGUUUCACAAAAUCUCUGCGUGAUCCACCGACCCUUGCCUCCACAUUGCUGGAUCGCAACCACCACCACGACCACCACCACCACCACCAUGAUCACCAUGACCACCAGUAUGAUCACCAUGACCACCACCACAACCACCAUGACCACCACCACCAUGAUUACCAUGGCCACCACGAUCAC